AUGGCUGAGAACAAGUACGGAACAAUCUAUAAGGUAGCAGGACCUCUAGUCGUCGCCCAGAGCAUGGCAGGUGCUAAGAUGUUUGAAUUGGUGCGAGUUGGUUGGGAUAAGCUGGUCGGCGAAAUUAUCAAGCUCGAAGCAGAUACUGCAAGUAUUCAAUGCUAUGAAGACACAUCUGGCCUCACUGUAGGUGACCCAGUUCUUAGAACAGGCUCACCUCUCAGUGUCACACUUGGCCCUGGCAUUAUGGAAACUAUCUAUGACGGUAUUCAGAGACCAUUGAAAGAUAUCGCUAUCAACAGCAACCACAGUGCCUUUAUUCCUAGAGGAGUUGACGUCCCAGCCUUAGAUGGAAACAAGCUAUGGGAAUUCGAACCAAAAAACAUCAGAGAAGGGUCUUUAAUCAGUGGUGGCGAUAUAUUUGGUAUGGUCUUUGAAAACGGACUUUUCGAUAACCACAGACUGCUUAUUCCUCCAAGAGCUCAAGGCAGAGUCACUUUUAUUGCUCCACCAGGCCAAUACAAUAUCAACGAAAAGGUCAUUGAGCUUGAAUUCAAUGGUGAACGCAAAUCUUACUCUAUGUGCCACCAAUGGCCUGUCAGAAUGCCAAGACCAGUCGUAGAAAAGCUCCAAGGAAACGUCCCACUUCUUACUGGCCAGCGUGUCCUAGAUGCCUUAUUCCCAUCUUGCAGAGGUGGAACAUGCGCCAUUCCUGGUGCCUUUGGUUGUGGAAAAACUUGUAUUUCUCAAGCACUGUCAAAAUAUUCUAAUUCAGAUUGCAUUAUUUACGUCGGAUGUGGAGAAAGAGGGAAUGAAAUGGCUGAGGUCCUCACUGAUUUCCCUGAACUGACAACAAUUUUCAAAGGGAGAGAAGAAAGUAUUAUGAAGAGAACUUGCUUGGUGGCCAAUACUUCAAAUAUGCCAGUCGCUGCUAGAGAAGCAUCUAUUUAUACUGGGAUUACUUUGGCUGAAUAUUUCAGAGAUAUGGGCUGCAAUGUCAGUAUGAUGGCUGACUCUACUUCAAGGUGGGCAGAAGCACUGAGAGAAAUUUCAGGUAGAUUGGCUGAAAUGCCUGCAGAUGCAGGUUAUCCAGCUUAUUUAGGAGCUAAACUAGCACAGUUCUACGAAAGAGCAGGCAGAGUUACUUGCUUAGGAAGCCCUGCAAGAGAAGGAUCAGUCUCUAUUGUAGGAGCAGUCAGUCCUCCUGGUGGUGAUUUCACUGAUCCAGUCACAACUGCAACUCUGAACAUUGUCCAGGUCUUCUGGGGUCUUGAUAAAAAACUUGCCCAAAGAAAGCAUUUCCCUAGUGUCAACUGGUCUAUUUCUUUCAGUAACUACGAAAGACAGCUUGAAUCUUACUUUGACAAAUUCGACUCUGAAUUUUCUAUGCUAAGAACCAAAUUCAAAGAAAUUCUCCAGGAAGAAGAAGAUUUGCAAGAAAUCGUUCAGCUGGUCGGCAAAGACUCUCUAUCUGAAGACCAAAAAACUACCUUAAUCCCAUUCGUGAGUGAAUAAGUAAUAAUUAGCAUAAUGAAAUCUCUAGCCAAUUCUGUUGAAUUUUAAACAGAUUGCAUUUGAAAGCAUAAUUCUUACUCCCCCCCCCCUCCGUGAGCGAACAAAAAAAUUUUGUUCGCUCACGGAGGGGGGUUAAUAAUUUUUUUUUUUAAAAAAAAAUUUAUAUAUAAAUUUUAUAAAAAAAUAUUUUUUUCGAAAUUUAAAAAAAUCCUAAUUUGCAAAAAUUGGGAAGCAAAUAUUAAUUUAAUUUGCAAAUUUAUGUUUUAAAACGCAAUUUGUUUAAAAUUAAACAGAAUUAGCUCUAGAUUUCAUUAUACUAAUUAUCACUUAUAUAUAUCAAAAUUUUUUUCCAUUAAAAUUUUUUCUAUUAAAAAAAUUUUUGUUUACUCACGGAGGGUGGGUUUUUUGGUCAAAAAAUGGCGAUUUUUCUAAUGGUUUUGUUCGCUCACGGAGGGGGGGGGGGAGUUACAAAUUACAUUAAUUUUUGCUCUCCAAUUUUUGCAAUUUGGGAUAUUUUAAAAUUUCGAAAUAGCAAAUAUUAAACCCUCAUAAAUGAACAAAUGUUUUUUAUUUUCUCACGGAGGAAUUAGAAAUUGCCAAAGUAAUCAGAGAAGAUUUCCUACAACAAAACGCAUACUCCAAGAUGGACUAUACCUCACCUUUAAAUAAGACCAUCGGAAUGAUGAGAGCUAUUAUUACCUUCCAUGACCUCGCCAAAAAGGUUAUUAGAGAAAGUCCACAAGAAAACAAAAUUUCAUGGGCUGUCAUUGAAGUCCAGCUCAAGAACCAAUUAGUUAAGAUUUCCAAGAUGAAAGACUCUGUAGAUCCUAAAGAUGCUGAAGAAAACGUCCAAAGAUUCUUUAUUUCAUUAAUUGACGAUAUUUCGAUAAAUAAAUGGCAUUUGGUCCGAGAGAAAUUAGCUCUACAAUUUUUUUCUCCUCUUAGAAUUUAUUUAUGGGUUUGACUUUCCUGCAUAGCAAACAGAGUAUAAAUUUAGUCACAUAGGGCUAGAGGAACUGUUCCAAAGAUAAUUUAAGGCUCAAGGGUUCCACUCAGCACGCCUGAUGAAAGUAACCAUUGGUAGAAUACUUGCAAGAGUAAAGUCAGGAUGGCCCGUGGCGUCGCUAGUUAUCAAUUCAAGUCCCUGUUUAUAAGGGAGGGUGUGCUAGACACCUUAGACGCUUAAUUGAUCUAUAAUUGAUUGACGACAUUUCGUCUGGCUUCAGAACAUUAGAAGACGCAUACGCCUAA